UUUUAAAUGGAACAAAAUCCUUGGGAGAACGCUACCGAUACUUUAUUUACCGCUACUUCUGAUCCUAAAGCUGCUGAAGAGGCACAGAAAAAGCCAAAGAAGGCCAACAAGGGAAAGAAAGGAGUUAAGAAUGGAAAGAAGUCUGCUAAAGCUCAGAACACUAAAAAUACUAGAACUUCACAUGAAGAGUCCAAAGAUGUUGAGAUGAAGGAAGAGACAAAGACUUCAACCACACCUGCAUCCGUUUCUGUUGUAUCAAAAUCAAGCAGGCGCAGUACCGAAGAAGGAUUCACUGGGAGUCCAGACAACUGGUUCAACAAUGAUUCUUUUAAAAAGGGCCUCAUCGCUGACUUCACCCAUAAAGAAGGAGGAGAUUACUACUUUGAGUCUUACUCAAACUUCUACAUCCAUGAGGAAAUGCUUAAAGACAAAGUAAGGACAGAGAGCUACAGAAAUGCUAUUGAGAGCAACCCAGAAGCAUUCAAAGACAAGGUGGUCCUUGACAUUGGCUGCGGUACUGGUGUUCUUAGUAUUUUCGCAGCAAGAGCAGGAGCCAAGCACGUAUAUGGAAUUGAUAACGCAGAUAUUGUACAUUACGCAAGAGAGAUUGUCAAGAAGAAUGGAUUUGAAAGCCAAAUCACCAUUAUUCAAGGUAAAGUUGAGGAGAUCAGCCUACCAGUAGAGAAGGUUGACAUUAUUGUAUCAGAGUGGAUGGGAUAUUUCUUAAUCUACGAAUCUAUGAUGGACACUGUGUUGUUUGCCAGAGACAAAUGGCUAAGGAAAGGAGGUCUCAUCCUUCCAGAUAAAUGAACUAUGAAAGUCGCAGCUAUCGAAGAUGGGGAUUAUAAAGAUAAGAAGCUCCAUUUCUGGGACAAUGUAUAUGGCAUUGAUAUGUCAUGCCUCUCCCCAGCCUCAUUUGUUGAGCCUUGUGUUGAUACUGUUAACCACGAGUGAAUACCUUCCACUGUAGAUACUUUCAUGGAGUUCGAUUUAAACACUGUGCAAGUUAAGGAUCUUGAAUUCUCUUCUAAGUACUCGGUAAAAAUGAAGCGAGAAGAUUCUAUCCAUGGUAUCGUCACCUGGUUCGAUAUUGUCUUUGGUGGAAUGAAGAAUGAAGUCAGAUUUAGUACAGGUCCUUUCGCAGAGUAUACUCAUUGGAAGCAAACCGUAUUUUACUUUGAUGGUUCUUACGAUGUUGGCGUUGGAGAUAUUCUAGAGGGUUCUAUUGCUUGCAAGAAGUCAAGUGAGAACUUCAGAGCAUGUGACUUGAAGGUCUCAUAUCAUUACAUUCCUCCUCCAAACUGUGGAGUAGACAGUCAUUGCCAAACCUUGCAGUAUAAGCUUAGAUAA